AGAAGGGGAAAGACCCCAACGCUCCCAAGCGGCCGAUGUCGGCUUACAUGCUCUGGCUGAACGCCAACCGCGAGAAGAUCAAGUCGGACCAUCCUGGCAUCAGCAUCACAGACUUGUCCAAGAAGGCCGGGGAGCUCUGGAAAGCCAUGUCCAAGGAGAAGAAGGAGGAGUGGGAUCGCAAGGCGGAGGACGCCAGGAGGGACUACGAGAAGGCCAUGAAGGAGUACAGCGUGGGCAGCAAGUCGGAGAGCUCCAAGACGUGAGUGCGC